AUGUUGGAUUUCAAAAAAGAAAAAGAUAUCGAGGGUCUUACCCCGUCCGAGAACAGUGAUCCCCACCAUCAAGUUCAAAAUCACGAUGAUGUGUUUGGAGAGAUCACAGAAUCGGGACCUAACUACCGAAAUGUAGGAUGGGCAGGAACAGUGAUUCUCAUGAUGAAGAGCCAGAUCGGUCUCGGUGUCCUUUCUAUCCCAGCUGCUUUUGACACAUUAGGCCUUGUGCCAGGCAUUAUCUGCCUACUCAUUGUUGCAAUCAUUACAACAUGGUCCGACUACAUAGUCGGCAUAUUCAAGCUUAACCAUCGCUCAGUCUAUGGUAUCGACGAUGCCGGUUUCUUGAUGUUCGGAGCGAUCGGUCGUGAGAUUUUCGGCUUUGCAUUCUGCCUAUAUUGGAUCUUCGUCGCCGGCUCAGGAAUGCUCGGUCUUUCAAUCGCCCUCAACUCCGUCUCAAGCCACGCCACAUGCACAGCCGCCUAUGUUGCCGUAGCAGCCGUCGGAGGAAUCGCUUUCGCCAGUAUUCGCACACUCGGAAAAAUCAGUUGGCUAGCGUGGAUUGGAUUGACUUGCAUUCUGAUCGCAAUCUUCAUCGUUACCAUCGCUGUCGGCGUUCAAGAUCGUCCCGUAUUGGCCCCACAAGAAGGAACCUGGGUAUCGGAUUACAAGAUCAUUGGCAACCCUACAUUCAGUGAAGCCAUCUCCGCCGUUGCCUCGAUGGUCUUCGCCUACGCCGGUACCCCCGCAUUCUUCUCUAUCGUAUCGGAAAUGCGCGACCCCAAGUACUACACCCGCUCCUUGAUCAUCUGCCAAAGCGCCGUGACUAUUGUCUACGUCACCAUCGGUGUUGUGGUCUACUACUUCUGCGGUUCAUAUGUCGCCUCGCCAGCUCUUGGUUCCGCCGGUGUCACCAUGAAGAAGAUCAGUUACGGCUUUGCCAUUCCAGGUCUUCUGGUUACUGUGAUGUUGUUCGUUCACCUCCCCGCGAAAUUCAUCUUCGUCCGCGCUCUCAGAGGCUCCAAGCACCUUACCUCUAACAGCAUUGUGCACUGGGGUUCCUGGAUCGGCUGCACCGCAGGUGUCGGUUUGAUUUCCUACAUUAUUGCCAGCGCCAUCCCCGUCUUUGACAGUCUCGUCUCGCUUAUCGGUGCUUUGCUUGGUACAUUCAUGUGUUUCCAGCCCAUGGGUUGCAUGUGGCUCUACGAUAACUGGAGCAAGGGCAAGAUCGACCGAUCACCGAGAUGGAUGGCGAUGGUUUGCUGGAGUGUCUUUGUUAUUGUUAUUGGUACUUUCAUGAUGGUCGCUGGUACAUACGGCUCUGUUGUCAGCAUUAUGGACAGCUAUGCGGCGAACGGUGGUUCCGCUGCUUGGUCCUGUGCGGAUAACUCAAAUUCUUCAUAG